GAAUUUUUUGCAUACCUACAGGCUCGGGUGAUGUAUGACUUUUCUGCUGAACCAGGAAAUAAUGAGCUAACAGUUAAUGAAGGAGAAAUAAUUACAAUUACUAAUCCGGAUGUAGGUGGAGGCUGGCUGGAAGGCAAAAACAGCCACGGAGAAAGAGGAUUAGUUCCUACAGAUUAUGUUGAAAUUAUACAUGAAAGCACCAAGGAUGGAAUUUUGGUAGCUGAUCAAGCCUUUUUUGACUGCUUCUCCUCAAAUGCUUCACAGAUGAAUACGCAAGCUGUAAAAAACAAUAGCCAAGUCACCAGUAAUGCAAAUGAUCCCUGGUCAAGCUGGGACAAUACAACGACUGGUGAUGCCUGGUCAACAAAGCCUGAAGCUAGGCAGAAAAACAGUGUAUCAAACAAUUGGGAGACAGGAGCAUUUGGUCAUCCUCAAGCUUAUCAAGGUCCAGCUGCCGAUGAUGAUGAUUGGGAUGAAGAAUGGGAUGAACCCAAAUCAGCAGCUACACCCUAUCUUGGUUAUAAAGAGGCAGAGCCCUCUGAUCCAGCAGGGCUUCAACGUGGAAACAGCCGUGGAACUGCUAUGAAAUUGCCAUUGAACAAAUUUCCUGGAUUUGCAAAACCUGGAGUGGAACAGUACCUGCUGGCAAAGCAGCUAGUGAAACCCAAAGAGAAAAUUCCUAUAAUUAUUGGAGAUUAUGGUCCAAUGUGGGUUUAUCCUACUUCUACAUUUGACUGUGUUGUGGCUGAUCCAAAAAAAGGUUCUAAAAUGUAUGGCUUGAAGAGCUACAUCGAAUAUCAGCUUACAUGUACAAAUACCAAUCGAUCGGUCAACCAUAGAUAUAAACACUUCGACUGGUUAUAUGAGCGUCUCUUAAUUAAGUUUGGAUCAGCCAUUCCAAUUCCAUCUCUUCCAGAUAAACAGGUUACAGGACGUUUUGAAGAAGAAUUCAUCAAAAUGCGGAUGGAGAGAUUACAAGCUUGGAUGACCAGGAUGUGUCGUCACCCUGUUAUUUCAGAAAGUGAACUUUUUCAGCAAUUCCUUAGUUUCCGUGAUGAAAAGGAAUGGAAAACAGGUAAAAGGAAGGCAGAAAAAGAUGAGAUUGUUGGUGUCAUGGUAUUUUCUACUAUGGAACCAGAGGCUCCUGAUUUGGAUAUGAUAGAAAUUGAGCAGAAGUGUGAUGCAGUUAGCAGGUUCACUAAAACCAUGGAUGAUGGAGUUAAGGAGUUGCUAACAGUAGGCCAUGAACACUGGAAACGUUGUACAGGACCAUUACCCAAGGAAUAUCAGAAAAUAGGAAAAGCUUUACAGGGUUUGGCCCUGGUUUUCAGUACUAGCGGUUAUCAAGGAGAGUCUGACCUCAAUGAAGCAAUAACUGAAGCAGGAAAAACGUAUGAAGAAAUAGCAAGUCUUGUGGCAGAGCAGCCAAAGAAGGAUCUUCAUUUUCUGAUGGAAACCAAUCAUGAAUACAAAGGAUUUCUUGGUUGCUUUCCAGAUAUCAUAGGUGCUCAUAAGGGAGCAAUAGAAAAAGUGAAGGAAAGCGAUAAACUGAUUGCUACCAGCAAAAUUACCCCCCAAGAUAAACAAAACAUGCUGACACGUGCAAGCACUAUGUCUUACGCAUUACAAGCGGAGAUGAAUCACUUUCACAGUAAUCGAAUUUACGAUUACAAUACCGUGAUGCGCUUGUACCUCGAACAGCAGGCACAGUUCUAUGAGACGAUUGCACAGAAGCUGAGGCAGGCUCUCAGUCGCUUUCCUGUGAUGUAGCUAAAGGCAGACGAAGAAGAACAAAAACUCCAAAGUGCUUUUUUGAUUUUUGGUGGGGGAAGUGCAAAUAAAAGAAGUGGAAAACUUUGCCAUCCAAAAAGCCUUUUUUAAAGAUAAUUAAUUUUUAAAAAUGAACCUAAAAAAGAAGAAAAAAACUUCAGAUGUUUACUUUGCUAGCCUUAAUGCCUUGGAUAUUUAUGAUUAUUUUUUACCCUAAAUACUUUCCUUUCCUAGCUGUUGUUGAAAUGAAUCUGGAAAGUGCUGUGUUUGAUGAGGCUUCAAAUUGUCAAACAGUUUGUGGCCAGAUACUAAAAAAAAGGACACAUUUUCCUAAACCAGGGAUGGGGAAACAUGGCCAUCCAAAUGUUUUUUGAGUUUAACUACCCUGCCCAUGUUAGCAUCCUAAACUCUUCAAAACCAUAACAUGAUCAAAUCUUAAAAGGAUAAGAACGCCAAUAUAGGAUCUAUAGAUAUAUAAUUGUUAAACUACUUUCCAGCAUUCAGAUAAGUUCUACGGAGAGGAAAGAUUCAUCCCAUUUCUACUAUAGCCAUAACAUCCAUUUUCUGAAAUAAGUAUGUUUAUAUGGAGUAAACAUCCUUAAGGGCUGUUCUUGUACCUCAGAUGCCAUGUAAGGCUGUAUUACUUCCCUUCCUGGGUAUAUACAGUAGAUACUGGCAUUCUGAACAUCUGGAAAAUUCUGUUCCUUCCAGUGGUUGAAACCACACACACUUCUUAACAAUAGUCAAUGUUAUAUAUCAGGGUUUUUUUUUCCUUUUAUAUCCCUAAAUGUGCAGUAUAUUUAGUGGCUCAUAUCCAGUCAUAACCAACAUGAUAGGAAAUUUUCUAAGCUCAUUGCUGUAUGUUGGGUUUUUCUGUCAUAACAUGAUUUGAUCUUAUCCUGCUUCAUGAGGAAAAUUAAGUCAUUUUUUCAGAUUUAAAAUACAGAUUAGGAUUAUCAGAACAACAGCUACUUACGAACGGGUCUUUGCUUGCAAUGUUAGGUUCAGUUCAUAAGUAUCAAUUUAUAUAUGGAUUAUGGGUCACACAAUCCUGAACUGUAGAAAAUUGAUUGCAUAGACAUAUUCCUAAACAAGCCAUUGAACUAAAUGUAGCUUUCUAUUUAAUUUUUGAUUGAGAAGUAAACAACUUUGCUUUUUUCAUCAAACAAAUGAUAUAUGCAUUCUGAAAGUUUAAUUGUCUUAUAUGGCAUUGUCAUUUAUUCUGUUCCAGUAACUCUGAGAUCAAUGAAGAAUUUGGGUCUGUCAAGUUAAUAUGCCUAUCAAGCCAAACCAAACCAAAUUGGAAUGUAAUCUUGGCUCAAAUGCUGCUCUUUGUUAUGUUUUCAGUGAUACUUUUUUCCACACACUUGUUUUAUUUUUAAUUUAGUUGCCUUCUAAAAUUCUAUAAAGUGUUAUAUAGCCACUGAAAUAAAUGUACAAAUUGUAAAGAAUGUGUAUAAAUGUUUUACACCAAAUGUAAUAAGAUCUCAUCUUGCAUAUAGAAGCAAUUUAUAAGUUAACUGCAAAGCAUGUAGUGAAUCUGAGGCACUUUUUUCACAGCACCAUUUUUUCAACAUUUGUAUCAAUCUUUGUAACUGGUUCUCUGGUGAUUACUUUUUAUGAAAGGGGGCUAAUCCUGAUGACAGAGAUUGCAGAUUUAGCAUCUUUUAACAGGCAAACCGGGCACAGAAGAGCAGAAACAAUUGUUUCAGUGUGGAAACCAUUUGGAAUUGGCAGGUCUGUAAACUUUCUAGCAAAUGAAGUCUUGAAAUUGAUAAUAAAUAUUUAUACAUAUAA